UCAAUCACGUGACCCGGUCAGGCUCAAACAUGGCGUCCUCUCACAGACGGUUGGUUUGUUUACACUCCGGUUUGUGGAGCAUCUUAUUUUACUGUGUCUACUCUCAUCUGAAGCUUGUUCUGGCGGAAGAGGUGGACAACUGCGAGAAUUUAAGACUCGGACAGUAUCUCUGUAAAGAUCCGAAGAUUGAUGAAUCCACUCAAGAGCCUGAGAACUGCAGGGACAUGGCGGCCUGGGUGGAGUGCCUCCCUGCUCCAAACAUCAGCUGUCGUCUUUCCAACGGGACAGAGUUCAAGUUCAGCGGAGACGAGGUGGGAUUCAACAAAACCAUCCCCUGCAGGAAUGUGAGCGGUUAUUCCUAUAAAGUGGCGGUGGCGUUGUCUCUGUUCCUGGGUUGGCUCGGAGCUGAUCGCUUCUACCUGGGAUAUCCAGCUUUAGGUCUGCUGAAGUUCUGCACCGUCGGCUUCUGUGGAAUCGGGACUUUGAUCGACUUCAUAUUGAUCGCCAUGCAGAUUGUCGGUCCAGCAGACGGUUCCAACUACAUCGUAGAUUAUUACGGCGCCCGACUGACCCGUCUGUCAAUCACCAACGAGACGUACAGGAAGCCCCACCUGUCUCUGUGAUGUCACCAGGACACGCCCACUUCCCGGUUUGUGCGUCGCUCAUCUGAAUCUGAAGGUUUAAAGGCUCGUUCCGCUGCUGCCGCACCUGUUCUCAUCCUCAUUUUAUUUGUACAAACAUUCGACACUUUCUGUUAAUUCCUGUAAAAAUCCGAUUUCAUCCUGUUUUUGUCAACAUGGUGAUGUUUCUCCUCUUCUGUCCAGUUUUAUUUCUAUUCAAGCUUAUUUAGGUGUAAAAGAACUAAGUUUAAGUUAUGAUUUUCCACGACUGUAAAUAAAGUGGUUUUGUUUGUCUACAUUU